AUGAAGCAAAAACUGGUAAUCGCCGUGUUUCUUUUCACAAUUCAAACUGUGUUUGGUCAUUUAAACAAUGUCUGCACCAGUUAUUUUUCAUACGGGUUUAAAUUAUCAGAUCAUUGUCAUCAAUGCAGCUACAAUCCCGAUCUGUUUUCGACAACUGAUAGAAUUAUUAAAAAUCAUGGGUAUCCAUUGGAGAAUUACACUGUGAACUCAGGAAACAAGUUUUAUCUUAAAAUUUUUCGAAUUCCCUACAGUCCGAACAAUAGUAACUUGGCCAAUCGUAAACCUAUUUUCCUUCAGCACGGAUCUCUCCGCAACUCGGAUCUCUUUGUUCUGCUUGGAAAAUCUUCCAUGGCUAUGCGUUUAUCCGAUAUGGGCUACGACGUUUGGUUGGGGAAUGCUAGAGGCAACUUUUAUACUUCCUCUGUUAACGGCGAGAAUAAGGAAGACAGUAGCUAUUGGAAUUAUUCAUUUGAUGAUAUGGCUAUAUAUGAUCUUCCUCCAAUCUUCGAACUAAUUGCUAAUGUCACCAAGAAGCCAGGGGAAUUGAUUUACGUUGGUCACUCGGCCGGAACAACGGAGGCUAUGAUCUACUCCAUUCGAAUGAAGUCUCACGCCGAGAAGCAUAUCAAAGCCUUCAUUUUCAUAGCUCCUGUGGUUUACAAUGAAGAUAAUUGGUUCAUGAAACUAAUUAAAAUCUUGGUGCAUCUUAAUCGUAAAACGUUAGGAACGAGAAGUAAGCUAUCCACUAAAUUUUGCUCAUUGAGUGGUAUAACAUGGCAUAUUUGUUUAUUUGCCAUACAAUCGUUGUUUGGCCCAGACAAUAACAACUUUCUACCAGAAGAAAUGCCUUUAUUGUUGAGCGCCGGAGAUAUUGGGAGUCUGACACCGUUCAAUCAGUUUGCAGAAACUGCGGGUACCGAUAAAUUUCAAUCUUACAGGAAUAGUAGUGAAUCGAGUAUACAGAAUUAUAAUCUCGGAGAUAUCGAAAUUCCCACUUACUUGAUUGUUGGAACGCACGACAGUUUGGCUACGUACAAUAAUACUUUAAAAAUUUUUGAUAGGUUGGGAAGUACGCAUAAGAAAAUGUACGUUAUCGAAGAUUACAACCACAUGAACUAUUUCUAUGCGAAGGAUUUGGACGUUUCCUUCAAUCCCCAUUUUGAUGACGCCUUGAACAGAAUUGGAAAAGAUGGAAUUAUCGAACAUCAUGGGUAUCCAUUGGAGGAGUACACUGUGAACUCAGGAAACAAGUUUUAUCUUAAAAUUUUUCGAAUUCCCUACAGCCCGAUCAACCGUAACUUGACAAAUCGUAAACCUAUUUUCCUGCAGCACGGAUCACUCAGCAACUCGGAUUUGUUUGUCCUUCCUGGAAAAUCUUCUAUGGCUAUGCGUUUAUCCGAUAUGGGCUACGACGUUUGGCUGGGGAAUACCAGAGGCAACUUUUAUACGUCUUCUGUUAACAGCGAGGAUAAGUCUGAAAAAAGCUAUUGGGACUUCUCAUUGGAUGAUAUGGCUAUAUACGAUCUUCCUCCAGUCUUCGAACUAAUUGCUAAUGUUACUGAGAAACCAGGAGAAUUGAUUUACGUUGGUCACUCAGCCGCAACAACGGAGGCUAUGAUCUACUCUAUUCGAAUGAAGGCUCAUGCAGAGCAACAUAUCAAAGCCUUCAUUUUCGUUGGUCCGGUAGCUUACUUAGAUGAAACUUGGUUCAUGAAAAUAAUUAGAAUAUUAAUGAAUCAUGGUGUCUAUACGUUAGGAGAGAGAAGUAAACUACCUACCGAAAUUUGUUCAAUUGAUGGACUCACGUGGGAAAUUUGCUUAGAUGCCAUCAACAUAAUCAUCGGCUCCGACGAUAAUAAUUUCCCACCAGAACAAAUGCCUCUAUUGGUGAGUGGCGGAGAUAUCGAGAGUCUCAAACCGUUGAAUCAGUUUGUGCAAAUUGCUGACAGCAAUCAAUUUCAAGCGUACAAGAAUGACGAUGAAUCAAAUCCGCAAAUUUAUGAUCUUGGAGAUAUCAAAAUUCCCACGUAUUUGAUUGUUGGAAAGAACGAUCGCUUGGCAACAUACAAAAAUGCUUUAAGAAUUGUAGAUGAGUUGGGAAGUAAAAACGUUCACAUAAUGCGAAGCGACAUGAGACAGCAACUGGUAAUUGUCGUGUUUUUCUGCACACUUCAAACUGUGUUUAGUAGCAUAAACAAUGUCUGCAACAAUUAUCUCUCAUACGGGAAUAGAUUAAUCAGUAUUCACUGCAGCUACAAUCCAGAUCUGUUUUCGACAACUGAAGAGAUCAUCAAACAUCAUGGUUAUCCAUUCCAAGAGUAUAAAGUGAACUCAGGAAAUAGGUUUUAUCUUCGAAUUUUUCGUAUUCCCUUCAGCCCGAACAAUCGUAACGUGACCAAUCGUAAACCUAUUUUCCUGCAGCACGGAUCCCUCAGCAACUCGGAUUUGUUUGUGUUGCCUGGGAAAUCGUCUAUGGCUAUGCAUCUAUCCGAUAUGGGUUAUGAUGUUUGGCUGGGGAAUACCAGAGGUAACUUUUAUACUUCAUCCAUUAACAACGAGUCUAGGAAGAAUAGAAGCUAUUGGGAUUUCACUAUGGAUGAUAUGGCUAUAUAUGAUCUUCCUCCAGUCCUCGAACUCAUUGCUAAUGUUACCAAGAAGCCAGGAGAAUUAAUUUACGUUGCUCACUCGGCCGGAACUACUGAGGGUAUGAUCUACUCAAUUAGAGAGAAGGAACAUGCCGAGAAAUAUAUUAAAGCCUUCAUUUUCGUGGGUCCUUUGGCUUACAUUGAAGAUACUGCGUUCAUAAAAAUACUUAAAAUAUUAGUGAAGCUUGGAUUCGAUUCAAUCGGAUCGAGAAGUAAGCUUGCCACCGAAAUUUGCUCAAUCAAUCUCAUCACGUGGACAACUUGUAUAAAGGCUUUCAAUUCGAUCAUCGGCUCAGACAAUAAAAAUUUUCCACCAGCAGAAGCGCCUUUAUUGGUGAGCGGCGCAGAUAUUGAGAGUCUCAAAGCGUUGAAUCAGUUUGUUCAAAAUGCUGGCACUGGACAAUUUCGAGCUUACAAGUAUAAAGGUGAAUCGAGUUCGCGGAACUAUAAUCUUCAAGAUAUCAAAAUUCCCACGUAUUUGAUUGUUGGAAAGAAUGAUAUUUUGGCUACCUAUAAAAAUGCCGUAAGGGUUAUAAAUGAGUUAGGAAGUAAGCAAAAAAAACUGUAUGUAAUCGACAACUACAACCACAUGAACUAUUUCUACGCGAAAGAUUUGGAUGUCUCCUUCAAUCCGCGUUUAGACGAUGCCUUGGACAGAAUUGGUCAACUUUGAUUAUUUUCAUACUUUUUAUGCUUAU